ACAUCACAUUUCACAAUAACAGCAAUGAAGUAACAUCACUGAAUAUAAUGAAAAAAAGAGGUCUGUCUCUUUAAUCAGAGAGCAUUUCAAAUUACAGUAGGUGCCACUGAGCUGCUACGUCCAAUCACAAACAGUGACUCCAGCUAUUGGCAUAGAAUUGCUGGCUGCCUGACUCCACCUGCAGGGUUACAAUUUCUACUCUUCUCAUCCGUUCAACUCCUCAGCAAAACAGCCCAGACAGAGUAGCAGGCAUAUUAGGCAAAAUCAAAGGGUUUCCUUAUGCAAAAGUGGGGCUCAUAGCUUCACUGCAGCCACUCUAAAUGUAGAUAAGUUACAGUGAUAUAGAGUAAAAGAGCCUGCCAAGCACUCGAUCAAACUUAAGAGUUGAUUUAUUUAUCAGAUGACUGAGCUGUACCUGUGAGUAAAUGCUAGCUUGUCCUGCCUGGGGGAGUUCACUUGUUAACUGUUUGAUUCAUUCAACAAUCCUGGAGACUCCUUUUUGAUGUUCUUUGCAUGCACUGCUGAGCUGAGCAGGUAAACACACUCAUGGUAGAUGCCAAAGGAAGGAACAUGAAAUGUCUCACUUUCUUCUUGAUGCUUCCAGAGUCAGUGAAGAUCAGGUCUAAGAAAAGAAGUAACAAAAAGGGGAGCCCUACAAACUCCAAUGUGCCGCCAGUGUGCUAUGAAAUAAUCACCUUGAAAACUAAGAAAAAGAAGAUGGCUGCUGAGAUCUUUCCCACGAAGAAACCGACCAGCACCACCACUGUCCAGAACUAUCAUCAGCAAAAUCUUAAUAACAAUAACGCUAUCCCGGCUACCAACUGGCAAGGGCUGUACCCCACCAUCCGAGAGAGGUAUGUGAAAGGGAGACCUCCCCGAAAUGCAGUGAUGUUUAACAAUGACUUGAUGGCAGAUGUUCAUUUUGUGGUUGGUCCACCUGGGGGAACUCAGCGGUUGCCAGGACACAGAUAUGUCUUGGCCGUUGGAAGCUCUGUGUUUCUUGCCAUGUUUUAUGGAGAGCUUGCAGAGGACAAGGAUGAAAUUAGAAUCCCAGAUGUGGAACCUGCUGCCUUCCUUGCUAUGCUGAAGUACAUAUAUUGUGAUGAGAUUGAUCUGGGUGCUGAUACAGUGCUGGCCACAUUAUAUGCUGCUAAGAAGUAUAUUGUCCCCCACCUGGCACGUGCCUGUGUCAACUUCCUGGAGACCAGCUUGAGCGCCAAGAACGCCUGUGUGCUGUUGUCACAGAGCUGCCUGUUCGAGGAGCCAGACCUGACCCAGCGUUGCUGGGAGGUGAUCGAUGCGCAAGCUGAGCUUGCUUUAAAAUCCGAGGGCUUCUGUGACAUUGAUUCCCAGACACUGGAGAGCAUCCUCAGGAGGGAGACUCUCAACGCUAAAGAGAUUGUUGUCUUUGAAGCAGCACUCAAUUGGGCCGAGGUUGAAUGCCAAAGGCAGGAAAUGACUGUCACCAUUGAUAACAAGCGCAAGGUGUUGGGCAAGGCUGUUUACCUCAUACGCAUCCCUACCAUGGCAUUAGAUGACUUUGCCAACGGAGCAGCCCAGUCGGGAGUACUUACCCUCAAUGAGACCAACGACAUCUUCCUUUGGUACACAGCUGCCAAGAAGCCAGACCUGGAGUUUGUGAGCAAACCUAGGAAAGGCUUGGUUCCCCAACGCUGCCACCGUUUCCAGUCAUGCGCUUACCGUAGCAAUCAGUGGCGCUAUAGAGGAAGGUGCGACAGUAUCCAGUUUGCCGUGGACAAGCGAGUGUUCAUUGCUGGCUUCGGACUGUAUGGCUCGAGUUGCGGAUCAGCGGAAUACAGCGCCAAGAUCGAACUCAAACGACAAGGGGUCAUCCUGGGCACAAACUUGAGCAAAUAUUUCUCUGAUGGUUCGAGCAACACCUUCCCCGUCUGGUUUGAAUACCCAGUGCAGAUUGAGCCUGACACUUUUUAUACAGCAAGCGUGGUUCUCGAUGGGAAUGAACUAAGCUACUUUGGGCAGGAAGGUAUGACAGAGGUGCAGAGUGGGAAAGUGACCUUCCAGUUUCAGUGUUCAUCAGACAGCACCAAUGGAACAGGCGUGCAAGGCGGACAGAUACCAGAGCUCAUAUUCUAUGCCUGAAGUUGAGCUCCAAAUUAUGUAACACUACAUUGCUGUAUAAUGGCCAAAAAAUAUUUAUAUUAUGUUUCUUUUUCAGUCUGUUUUUCUUGUAGCCUUUUAUAAAUGUAUUGUGGGCUGGACCUUCAAGGGUGAGAUUCCAUUUUGUUAUGCGUGUAUAUAAUUUCAGUUUCUUGAAUAUUGGGAUGUUAUAAAGUAGGCUAACUACUGUGUCAUAAAUAAUAACAUAAAUAAUAAAAACAAAUGGAAAACCCCACUGAAUACUUGUCCACCUCAGUUAUAAAAGGUCACACUGAUCUGACAUGUUAUAUACAGCUAACUAGCACUGGGUGUCUGAUAAAAAAUAAAUAUAAUAAAAACAUGGCUUUGAUAUAUAUAUAUAUAUAUAUAUAUAUA